CUUCGGGCCGGAGGAAGAGGCUGAGGUGCCGACGACGGCCGGGAAGAAGCGAGAAGGCCCCGUAGUGGCGGCAGGAGCAGCAGCAGCAGCAGCCGUAUCCCCCUUGCUGGUUCACCGGGUCACCCUCUCUGGCUCGUGCCCUUUGCCCGACAUAGCCGCCGAGUCCGCACAGAAGACCCCGCCAGCCUGCUCCCUUGGGCAGGCCUUCUUCGCCACAGCCCCUGCCGCUUUCGUCCCCUUCUGCGCGCCGCCGCCGCCGGGCCUCUCUCUUUCUCUCCUCGCUUCCUCCCCGGGCCCCCUCCCGGGGAGGAAGCGGGUCAUGGGCUGCGGCAGAGGAGGAGGAGCCGACGCCGGGCAGGCCGCGCCGACCUCCCUCGCAGCAGCCGCGGCAGCGCAACCACUGAUGCCUGGGCGCCGCUAGCCCGGCCCCAGCGAGCAGAGGACGACAAGGAAGAGACGUUCCCCGGCCCCUGCCGGGGGAGGAGAAGAGGGCUGAGGUCUCCCUGAAGCCCUCCCAGUGUUCUUUCCCCUAAAGCAGCACCAACAGCAGGAGGAGGAAGAAGAAAGAGAACACACACCAAGGAAGGGGGGCGGGAUUGAGGCCACCAUGGCCCAUUCACCUGUAGCAGUGCAGGUGCCUGGCAUGCAGAACCACAGAGCAGACCCAGAGGAACUCUUCACAAAACUAGAGCGCAUUGGAAAAGGCUCGUUUGGAGAGGUUUUUAAAGGAAUUGAUAAUCGGACACAGCAAGUGGUUGCAAUUAAAAUCAUAGACCUUGAGGAGGCAGAAGGUGAAAUAGAAGACAUUCAGCAGGAGAUAACUGUGUUAAGUCAGUGUGACAGCCCUUAUGUAACAAAAUACUACGGCUCCUAUUUAAAGGGCACAAAAUUAUGGAUAAUAAUGGAAUACUUAGGCGGGGGAUCAGCACUGGAUCUUGUAAGGCACAAAAUUAUGGAUAAUAAUGGAAUACUUAGGCGGGGGAUCAGCCACAGAGAUAUUAAAGCUGCCAACGUGUUGUUAUCGGAGCAAGGGGAUGUCAAGCUUGCAGAUUUUGGGGUUGCUGGGCAACUUACUGAUACGCAGAUUAAGAGGAAUACCUUUGUAGGCACACCAUUUUGGAUGGCCCCUGAAGUCAUUCAGCAGUCAGCCUAUGACUCAAAAGCUGAUAUUUGGUCUUUGGGGAUCACAGCAAUCGAACUUGCCAAAGGAGAGCCACCCAACUCAGACAUGCAUCCAAUGCGAGUUCUGUUUCUCAUUCCCAAAAACAAUCCUCCAACUCUAAUAGGAGAGUUCAGCAAACCCUUUAAAGAGUUUAUUGAUGCGUGUCUAAAUAAGGACCCAACAUUUCGUCCAACAGCAAAAGAACUCCUAAAGCAUAAAUUCAUUCUGAAAAAUGCCAAGAAGACCUCUUACCUGACAGAGCUUAUUGAUAGGUUCAAGAGAUGGAAAGCAGAAGGACACAGUAGUGAUGAAACAGAUUCUGAUGGUUCUGAUUCGGAGUCUAGCAACAAGGAGAAUAAUUCUCACCCAGAGUGGAGUUUUACUACAGUUCGGAAGAAACCAGAUGCCAAGAAACUGCAGAAUGGAACAGACCAAGAUCUCAUGAAAACCCUGAGCUGUUUAACAAUGAUAAUCACACCUGUAUUUGCUGAGCUUAAACAGCAAGACACCAAUAAUGCUAACAAAAAGAAAGCCAUUGAAGAACUUGAAAAAAGCAUCAAUAUGGCAGAAGCUGCAUGUCCGGGGAUCACAGAUAAGAUGGUGAAGAAACUUAUGGAGAAAUUUCAGAAGUUUUCUGUUAAUGACUCCUCCUAAGAAACUUUGUCACUGAUUGCUGUUCCACACGGACCCAAUAUAGCCCACCAAAACCUACUAUAAGCUUGGCAAUGCUUUGCUCAUGAGCUCCUUGUGCCUUUUUGGAUCAUUGCAACAUAUUUAAUGAUCGGGGAUUUGAAAGGACUUACCUCCACUCUUUUGUGAUGGGUAUACCUGCUUUUUUUGUAUUUCCAGGACAUUAUUUUGUAAAGAGCAACUUUUAAUAUUGUAGUUUUCACCUGUUUAAACCAAUUUAAAAAAAAAUGGUGAGGGGCAGUUUUUGCUUCUAGAUCUAACCAGGGGCUACCAGUUGCCAAUCUCAGCGUGCAGAAUCUUGGGUGUGCCUGUUGCUCCAGAUGUCAGCGGACUGCACCCCUUUUACUUGAGUUCAUAGGAAGUACACAUGCAGCAACAUUUUGUUACUCUCCAAAGAAGGGGAUUUACCAGUCUUACUAUUAUUAUUAUUUGGUAUGCAUAAGUUAUAGCGUUUUCCGAGUCAACUAAAAUUAGACUUUAAGAAGUAGCUUUUCACAAGAAUAUAUGUGAGAGCACCUUAGACUGUAGGAUGGUGCUCCAGCACCUGCUUGAACACUGUAGUCUGUCUUUAGGCCCCUGUAAAUGUAAUAAACCGGCAACAAUAUCAACUAUUUGAAACCUGGUACAGUAUUUUAGGCAGCUCUUUGAUCACCUACAUUUGAGAGCAAUAUGUCAAUAGCUUUGCAAGUUCACAUGUAGCAACUGGUAUAGCUUAGUGUACAGUUUGUAUGUAGUCUCUUUUAGGGCAGGGUCUCAAGUCAUCAUUCAUCAUGGUAGGAAAUUUUAAAGCAAUACAGUUGAAGGGCAGGAGGGCUCCUGGCAAUAAUGGGCGCAAAUAGAAAUCUGGUUUAACGGAAUUAUUUCUUCCUUUUUGAGUAAUUUUUUUAAAGAAGCAGAGUUCAUUCUGUGUUCAAGGUCAGGAAACUGGGAGGGUGCCAUGGCAUGUGAUGAUAAGUACCUCACAAGCAGGUAUAAAAUGUGACACCAGCGUUUUGUGUGGCAGUGUUUUUCCUGUAAAAUAUUUAUAACACUUACAUUCUUAAAGUACGUUACAUACAGUGCAUCGGCCAUGAUAUGUUUAAUUGCCCCCAGGUGUAUUUUAAAUAUGUAUUUACCAGUUAAUAUGCAAAUAACUGAGUUAUAGAUAUUCUUUCACAAGAAGAUAGUAUU